AUGUCCGAGGCAGCCAGUACCGGUGGUGCCGCCGCCGAUUCUCCGGGCGCUUCCAAGGCGAGUGCGCCAAAAGACAGGAAUUGUCCGUACUGUGGCCAGGCCUUUACCUCCUCCUCCCUCGGAAGGCAUCUAGACUUGUACAUCAAAGAGAAGAACCCUAAGGCUCCAGACGGCAUCCACGAUGUCGACGCUAUUCGGAAGAUGCGAGGGAGCAUCACUCGCAGGCAGCCGAGAGGCUCGCUUGCCCGUCGAGACACUUCCACCCCCGGCACACCGACAGCCUCCUCGAGAAAGAGCCCUGCGUUCGAUAUUGGUGCAAAGAUGCCUUCCAUACCGAAAGAAGGCCAGUUCGUUGUAGAUAACCAAUUGCCUAAAUUCCCUUUCCAGCCUACCUGGGAGGCUACCGGCGUCAUCAACGAUAUACCGGCGAGGAAUGGGGAGUUGAAGAAUAGUCCGGAUGAUAGUAAUGGCCAGGACUCGAGGCGGCUUCCUAUGCAGCGCGCACCGAGUCGAACCGUACAGAAAUCUCAGCUGGAUGCGAGGCAGAGGCUUUCAGAUGCUAUGGACACCGCCAGAGCUGCCGAGUUGGCACUGAGGGAAAUGCUCAGCUCGUUGAGAGCCGCUAAGCAACAGAUCGACAUGGACUCUCUUCCUUUCGACUUCGAUCCUCUUUCUCUCGAUUUCCCUGCUUUAACCCUCCAAUGCCUUCAAGCGCCCCCGACCCUGUUUUCCUCUACACCGCACCCGACAUCCUCAUCGUGGUCUAUCCAGCCCCCGGCUCAGAAACAGUAUGAAGCACUUCGAGCAUUUUUCCAAGAAGAGUUUAGGAAAUGGAGGAUCGCUUGCUCUAUGGCAACUACAACGUCUCAUGAAGAUCUGAUAUACCCGCCGUCAAGCAUGAAUGUGCCCCAUGAUGUGCGCGAAGGAGUGAGGAAGGCGGAAGAGGCUGCUGCUUCACUCGAAGCUCAGGUCAACGAACAUCUACAGUCGACUUACCACGUCUGGGAACAGCUUCCCCAGCAGAGAAAAACCGAGCUUUGGGGCCUCGAGUUGGCGAGGAGCGUAGGGAGAAGACAAAAGGAUGUGGAGAAGAUGAAAGAGGUUCAAUAUUCUAUCAAGCAGGAGAAUGCAAACCUCAAGCUGCAGAUCGACCAACUAAAUCGCUUACAACAUCCGAGAGAGUUCAGGAUAAUGCCACCCGCAACGAUCCCUAUCGAGCAAUCCAUGUUGGCGUACCUGGGAGAUCUUGUUCACAAGGGUCGCCGAGGAAUAGGACUUGACAUAGAAGAUCGACAUGUCGACCUUGAUGCUAUGGUUUCUCGCGCCAUUGAUCGAUGGAAGACGGUUAUCGUGUCUUCUCGAGGACCUGGCAUGGCCGGACAAAGACCUCUUGAACAGUCGACGCCAACUCCGACCAGCGUUACCCCUAACUCCGCAACCGCGCCUCCGCCUCAGAUACCCGCUCAACAACAGCAAACAUCUAUGCCUGCCACUUCUAACGCACAGGUAGUCCAACCGCAAACCACCACGGCUGCCGUGACUGCGUCAAUGGUCACCGCUUCCAGCACAUCAGCCGCCAACGACGAUAAUAGUGAUCAGGAUGCCGACGCGGAAAUGGAGGACGACGACAACUUCACCCCAAUUACGCCUGUAGUCGCAAAGCCACCGCAAAUGCAACAGACCCACCAGCAGUUGGACAUUUCGCGAUCUAGAGGCCGUGACCAGCGAGUACAGAUGACUACGGAUGCACGAUUUACUGUCAACGGUACGGUGCCCAACCGAGGCCUCGACGCGCAGACGAUGCAGAACAUGAACGCUGCUGUCUCAAUACCAGGGCGCAUUCACGGACAUGCUUUAAUGAAUAAUGGCGAUUACGGGACGAUUGUUCAAGGCGUUAGUGGUGGCGAGCCGAUGUAUAUGGAUUCAUAG